GCUAGUGCUCGCUACAUAUCUUCAAACUUGUUUCAUUUCACUCUCUAUACAUUUCUUGUUAUCUUCAACUCCUCCAUUUGCGCUUGCAGCAAGCAAACACAAUGGUAGAAAUGAAGGGCAUAUGUAAUGUGUUGCAUGGGUUGAAACCAGUGUUGCUGAUGGUGUUAGUGCAAAUUGCAUAUACUGCUGUCAAUGUGCUUUUCAAGCUCGCCAUAAACGACGGAAUGAGUGUAAAGGUUGCCACAGCAUAUCGCCUCACUUUUGGAUCUGCUUUCACUGUUCCUCUCGCUCUCAUUUCUGAAAGGAACAAAAGACCAAAGAUGACUUGGAGGGUGCUUUUCAUGGCAUGUCUUUGUGGCUUAUUCGGGGGAAGUUUAUUUCAAAACCUUUUCUAUGAGUCCUUGGCUUUAACAUCAGCAACGUUUGCGUCCGCUCUCUACAACCUCAUUCCAGCCAUUACCUUUGUCUUGGCCAUCUCCUGCGGUUUCGAAAGGUUAAAUUUGAGGGUGGCAGCAGGAAGGGCCAAGGUGUUGGGAACUUUACUUGGAAUUGGUGGAGCAAUGUUGUUGACCUUUAUCAAAGGGGCAGAAAUUAAUAUCUGGCCUUUCCACAUCAACCUUAUGCAUCCAGAUCAGCACCAAAACAGCCACGUGGCAUCAUUAAAUACUGACUCUGGCAAUAAUAAGUUGUUGGGAGCAAUUUGCUCCCUAGCAAGCUGCUUCUCUUUUGCUUUGUGGCUCACCAUUCAGGCUAAGAUGAGCAAAGAAUACCCAUGUCACUACUCAAGCACGGCUCUUAUGUCUACAGCGGGAGCAAUACAAGCCACUGCUUUUGGUUUCUGUUUUGAGAGGGAUUUGACCCAAUGGAAGUUGGGUUGGAAUAUUCGGCUACUGGCUGUGGCUUAUUCGGGAAUCGUGGCCUCUGGAAUAGUUGUAAUUAUAACUGCGUGGUGCAUACAGAUGAGAGGGCCUCUGUUUGCGUCUGUUUUCAACCCUCUAAUGCUUGUGCUUGUGGCUAUUGCCGGUUCUUUGAUGUUGAAUGAGAACUUAUACGUAGGAAGUGUGGUUGGAGCAGUGCUGAUUGUGUGUGGGCUGUACAUGGUUCUGUGGGGUAAAAGUAAAGAGAUGAAAAAUAUUACUCAGUUAGUACCAUCAGAAACCAUCCGAGAAGCUGAAGCCAUAGAAGUUGUUGUCAUGUCCAUUUCCACACCAAUAGAUUAUGAAAAAUGUGACCAAAACAACCAAGGCGAAAGGAAUGUUGACAAAGAAGAUUGUGACGAUUUGACAAAAAACAAGGAAGAAGAUGAUAUUGGCAUAUAGGGGGAGAAAAGGAAUCGGCCGAAGAUGAUGAUUGCUUGUCCUCCAUUAAUAGUUGCCUAUGCUUUUGUCUUCGAUUCUUUUAUUCCACAAGUCAAUGAACUACAGUUUACUCAUGAUAUAUGUAAUUUUGUGCCAUAAAAAGUUUAACAAUUAGAUUUCAGUACAGCUUCAUGAAUUUCCACUGCCAAUCGGCUCAACUUCUGGCUCUUCAAGAUGCUAAGGGCCUUGUGUACCAAAAUAAAUUGCUAUGGGCCUGUAGGAUGACCCUUCUUUA